CGCAGUCAACUCGAGGGCUUUUAUACACCGGAUAAAUAUAUUAUUAUUAUCAAUAAAACAUCGCACUUUUUUUUUUUAGCAAAGAUAACGUUAGAGACAAUUAUAACUACAAAAAAACUAAAAGCCGUCCGAGUCCUCGCGUGAUUUCACGCUUCCGGAAGUUAAGAGUGGCACGAGAAAGAGAGCUGUCCGUGGUGCUGACACUACUGCUUGUCCUGCUCCAGACUCCCUACCUGUCUGUUUCACAUGUGUGUGUCUGACUUUUACCAGCGGUAUAUUAUCUGAGAAUUUGGCAAGAUGGAUGAAUCUCAAGAGUUGUCCUCCUGUAGCACCAACGGCCAAAACUCCAGCAGCAGCCCUCCUAGCAGUAAACGUGGCAAUGCUCCAGAAUGCAACGGGGUCCCAGAGUGCAGGACCAUGCUGCGGACAUCUGAGUUACACGGACUCCAGCUGCUGAGCGUGCUCCGAUCAUUCAGGGAGCAAGGCUUGAUGUUCGACUUCACCAUUAAGGUCCAGGGACACAGUUUUCCCUGCCAUCGCUGUGUCCUUGCCGCAUGCAGUGAUUUCUUCAGGGCCAUGUUUGAGGUGGAUAUGCGAGAGCGUGAUGAUGGUUCAGUGACUCUGGGUAACCAGUGUCCGUUGGCCGUGACUUCUUUCCUGGACUUCGCCUAUUCUGGAGAGGCACUCAUCACUGAUGGCAAUGUAGACAUGCUGUUUCAGCUUGCCUCUUUUCUGCAGGUGCCAGUCCUGUCCCGAGCGUGCAGCGACUUCCUGAUAGGAACCAUGGAUCUUUGUAAUUGCCUGUCCCUCUUUUCCCUUGCUGAGGGCUACGGCUCGGCCACCCUCCUCCGAAGUGCCAAUGAGUUUGUGGUUCAGAACUAUUCUGACCUUUCCAAAACACAGGACUUUCUGGACAUGCAGUUGAAUGUGUUGGAAGCAUGCCUGAGGUCAGAUGCUCUAAGUGUGCCCAAUGAGGAGGCUGUGGUGAAGUCACUUCUUCGAUGGAUCCGCCACGAUCUCCCAGGAAGACAAAAACUGUUGCCAGGCUUGUUAUCUCUAACAAGACUCCACCAUCUACCCACAUUAAAGGCUCUACCUGAUUCAGACCCGCUCCUCUGUGACAACGAGUCCUGUCUCGCCCUGCUCUCGGAAGCUCAGAGCCGACAGGAUCAGUACAGCGGCCUGCUCACUGAUGCCAGGCCGGCCACCACACAGAGCUACAUCUACAUCCACAAGACGGAGGAGAACGGAGAGAUCCGCCACACCUUCUGCUACUGUCUGGAAACAGAUCAGUGGAAAGAGCUAGGAACAGGGCAUGGAGAGGGGACAGCCACAAUGCCAGACCCCCCGGGAUCCUACCUUACCACCUACGCUGAGAAGAUGUUUGUGACAGGCGGUUGCCGGGGGAACUGUUGCCGGGCAAUACGUCUCCACGUGGCCGAGCCGUUCCACGAUGCCACGGACGAGGUUUGGUGUUUCUGUCCUGUGACCCUAACCUGCACGCCCGCUCCAGCCAUGCUGAAGCCCAGAACCACGCACACAGCUGUAACCUGCCUGGACCGAGUGUAUGUGAUUGGAGGACGGACGAAGGGGUCCAGAGGGGGAGCUCCCAGUCUGCUGGAGGUGGAGUAUUACAACCCUCUGACUCAGACCUGGCGCUCAGUCAGUCCCCUGCCCACUGCAAUCUACUACCCUGAGGCCAGUGCUUGUGGCAGUGUUAUCUAUACUCUGGGAUCAGAGGUGGAGAUCACAGACUCAUUUAACCCCUCACUGGACUGCUUCUUCUGCUACGACGCCCAGAAGGACCAGUGGAGCCGCCUGUUGGCAGAGUUUGGCCAGUUUUUUCAUGCUACACUGGUCAAGGCAGUGUCACUAAACAACACACUGCACCUCUGUGACCUGUCCACUUAUAAGGUCUACAGUUUCUGUCCAGAGACCUGUGUGUGGAAGGGUGAAGGGUCGUUUGAGUGUGCUGGGUUCAAUGCUGGAGCAGUGGGGAUGAGAGACAGAAUCUACAUCCUGGGUGGAGACUACUCACCUGACGAGAUCACUGAUGAAGUUCAGGUGUACUACAGUGGGAGGAGUCAAUGGGAGGAGGUGGCUCCCAUGCCCAGAGCGCUCACUGAGUUCCACUGUCAGCUCAUCAGCUUCAAUAGAUACAGAGACCCAUGGGGUGACACGGCAUGAUACACAGCAAACACACACACUCAUGAACGCAUGUGAGUGGAUGUACAUGCGUGUUACAGGUGUCACUGAUGUAAGCAAGUACCAAUGAGUCUGGACUGACUCUGUGCAUGACGGACAGCUCAAGAGCGAAGUCUUCUACUAACACCACAUCUCUCACAGAUCAUCGUAACACAAGAGCACCUGAGCCAAAUGAUUAAUUUAUUUUUUUAUUUAGAGAUUUGAUCCUUAACUUUGUAUAUGUGUUCAGCACAUGCUUUCAUAGGAUCUUUCUUGUGUCAAUCAAAGUGUGGUCCCUCCCAUGGAGGAACCCUAUUGAGAAAAAGACUAUUUUGGAAAUCCUAUUUUAGUACCUGGAUAUUUUUUCUGCUCAGUAUGUUUUAAAAGGAGAAUUCACCCAAAGAACUCGCAGUGUAUGUAAAUGUAUCCGCUCUCCUACAGCAAUAAUAUAGAAAAGAAGACUUUGUUAUGUAACACUUACAGCCCUCAAAAGGACCUCUCAUAAAGCCUUUUCAACUGAAUGUACUUUAUUUCAUAGUGCAGAUUAGAAUAUAAACAUUAUGUUGUAAUAUUUUUAGAAAAUGGUCCUAUAUAUGUCUCUUAUAUAAUGCAAAUGGGGCUUUUCCAUAUUAUUUUCCUGAUUUUCCCUUUUUAUUUCUUUUUUUUUCUAGCUGUUGGAGUCCUGCUCAUAUAAAUUGCACUAUUUAAAACUCAACUAAAAGAAUCACAAUACUGUGUAAAUUAUCUGGGUGGAUUUUCACUUUAAACUACUUGCCUUCUGCUUCAGACUGUCAUGUAUCCAUGCAUGCCCUGUUUCUCCUCUCAUGAUGUAUACAGCAAUUCUACAUGUGACCACUAGAUAGAUCACCUGAGUAUCUUCAGAAACUGCUUGUUUGAAGGAAAUGUGCAACUUUACCUGUCUAUCAUGAAGAAACCCUCUGCAGCUUCAACAGUAACUUUCAGAAACCUAGGAGGAGACAAAAUUGGGCUUCAUGGUGUAAAUCAUAAAUGCAUAAUAAGUUGGUGUGAUGAAACAGAAAAAGAAUCCAACAAAUGAAAGACUGUUUAAUGGCAAGAAGUGAACAUAAACAUGAUCCUUCGUUAUUUCUGUUGGUGCCUUCUUCUAUGAAUGAAUACAGUAUUGGCUUUUGACACAUUCAUCACUUAGUAAAAACAGAACAAUAGACACAACAGCAUGGUUCAAUGUAUCAAAGGUCAUAUGAAUGACACAUAUUUUUAUUUUAGCCAUCACGUAAAAGGUUUCCACAGUCAAAAAGUAGAGCCUCAAACCCCUGUUUAUUUAUUUUUAUUCUCCCUCCCCAUCUCUACUGUGAGUUCCCCUUCGGCUCUUGCCAGAAAUUAAAGGCCAAAUUAAAAAAAA